AUGGGCGCGGGGGCGUCGAAGAAGACGGUGCCGGACCCAGGGCCCAACGUAGGCGCCGUGGGGCCCCGGCCAGCCCCGGAGGACCUGCCGCGGGAUGAGGAGCUGCGCACCAUCCACGAGCAGACGCUCGACCAGGUCCCGGACGAGCACCGGCAGAUCGCGAAGAAGAACAAGCCGCUCAUGCGCAAGACGAGCUCCAUGCGGCAGCUCAUCGAGGAGGCAGACGACGAGCAGCGGGCAAAGGAGCGGAGAGCCAUGUUGACAGGCAUCCACGGCAGCCAGCGCCACAUGCGCACGAGCCAGCGCAAGCUCGAGGUCCAGAGGUCGUUCGGCAGGCAGUCGUCCAUCAAACAGCUCCUGGUAGAAAAUGAAGGCCUCGCGCGCGCCGAGUCCCCCCACUACGAAGCCAGCUCGCCGUCGCGCGCGCGCGAAACAUACUCCCCCGCGAGACCGGGCACCUCCGCGAUGUUCGACGGCGACGACCCGUCCUCGAGCAGGCCGCGACUCGUGCGGAACGUCAGUCAUGGUGCGGCGGGCUUCUCUCUCAGCGGCGACCCGGCGCGGUCGAGCGAGGCGGAGUCGGCGCGCCGGGACGGCAAGAAGCUGCGGAAGGCCCUCAAGGGCAAGUCCAAGAGCAUGAUGCAGCGCGCGCAGGACGCGAACGCCUCGGACUCGGACGCCGCCUCGCCAGCGCGCGCUCAUGCACACACCGACGUCGAGCCGGGCGGCAGCGGGCGAGCCGCCCCGCUGCGGGCCAGGGAGACCGACAAGUCGGUGCCGGGCGAGCCGUCCGCGCACGCCGAGCCGACCCCGGAGCAGCUGCAAACCCUGAUGGAGAACGACACGCCCUCGCAGGGCAGCGCGGCGCCAGGGUCGCCGGCCGCCCUGCAGUGGCGCGCCGCGAAGGCCGCGCUCGAGAUGCAGCAGAAGCGCGCGGACAUCGCGGCGGUCGCGGCCGCGGACGUGCACCAGCGGCGCCUCGCGCGCGCGGCGGCGCGGCGCAGCGCAAACCAGACCUGGGGGGACAUGAUGACGCGGCGGCGCACGGCGGUGCUAGGGCGCCCGAUGUCGAAGAAGGAGGUGGCGCGGAAGCGCAUGAAGGGCUUCGUGCAGCAGUACAAGAUCGUCGUGCGCUCGGGCGUGCACCAGGUGUCGGGCAACGACGCCGACCUGGAGCUGUACGUGGGGUUCACGGCCAGCGCGCACGCGCAGCCGGGGGGCCUCGCGCUGCGCGCGACGAAUGAGGUGCGGUCGCCGAUGCCGCCGCUGCAGUCGAACCCGGACGGGACGCACGAGCAGGUUCUGCUGCUGUCCGCACAGGCGGAGCUCGGGGACGUGGCGUUCGUGUCAGUGGUCAACAAGGGCAAGGGGGAGGUCGCUGCGUGGGAGCUCGUCCACAUCGAGGUCGAGCGCUCCUUCGACAAGGGCCUGGUCAUCCGCGAGAAGGCCAACAAGCGACGGGGGAAGAAGGGCGCCGAGGACGGCGACGCGGACGACGAAAGCAACCCCACGCGCGUCCGCUUCCCCGCGCGCGCGUGGAUCGAGGCCGGCCAGGUCCGCACGUUCUUCCCCCAGACGCUCCUCCCGCGCCCGGCGAACGACGUCGAGGCGGCGGCGCGGCGCACGGAGCUCGAGGGGCGGCGCGCGGAGUACUCGUACCACUUCAGCGAGGGCCUCCCGAGCACGAGCGCGUUCUCGCCGACCGACAUGCCGAUGGACGAGGUCCCGGACCCGAAGCAUAUGCUCUUCGACAUUUUGGAAGAAGGCAGAAAGGUUCUGGCGGAGCGCAGCCUGGACCAGCGGUUCGUGGACGGCCUGGGCAAGCCGUGGCGCAGCGUCAACUUCGGCGACGCGCGCGCGGACUCGCUCUACGCGGAGGUCUACGGCCUCGAGGGCAAGUCCAAGACGCAGCGCCGCGCCAUGGCCAUUGCCACGUUCGUGCGCCCCAAGUUCAAGAAGGGCGGCGAGGAGGCGCGGUCGGAGCGGGCGCAGGCGAUUCGGUACGGGCGGCAGUCCGUCGAGGUCAAGGGCGACAUUGAGAAGCAGAAGGAUGUCGUGUCGAAGCACAUUGCCGCCAUCGAACGCGCGCAGACGGAGAUGCACCUGCAGCUGCAGGCGGCGAAGGCGGCGCAGGACGCGGCGCCGCCCGGGGCGCCGCCGCUGAACCCGGACGAGUGGAUUUUGGCCGCGAACCUGACGAUGGAUCAGAUCGACCGACUGCACAUGUCGUACCGGUAUAACGAGGCGUGGCUGAAGCAGCUCAACCAGCCGAUGCGGAUCAAGUGGGUGACGUCGUCGGAGGAAUCGGCGGCCGGGAGCAACGACGAGAGCUCGUCCGACGAGGAGCGGCUGCGCCUGAAGCGGCUCCUGGGCGACCACGGCAGCGGCGACAGCCUGGAGAUCAAGCGCAAACGGCGGCUCCGGCGGAAGACGAAGCUGCAGAAGGAGCUUGAGGCGCAGGCGCUGGAGGCGCCGCCCGGCGCGCAGAGCGACUCGGACGACGACGGCGGCGGCGGCGAGGGGCGCAGGACCAAGGCCGUGCUGCCGCGGCACGACAGCGGCGCGAUUCAGUUCCCGCGGCUGGACGACAUGGUCGACUCGGACACGCUCGGCUCGGACUCGUCGUCCGAGUCGGACGGCGGGCUCGAAGUCCCCCGCGGGGCCUUGCGCGGCAACUUCCCCAUGCCGAGCAACAUGAAGGACGACGCGUGGGCCGCGGACCUGGACUUCGGGCAGCAGUUCCUGAUGGGCGCGCACCCGUGCGCGAUCGAGAUCGUCCGGCAGGUGCCGCCCGAGUUCCUGUGCCUCGACGACGACGAGUAUGACGAGCUGCUGGAGCAGCUGCUGCCGCGGGACCACUCGCUGGAGGAGGAGGCGCACGCGGGGCGCGUGGCGCUGGUGGACUACAGCCGCGUGAUGGAGGCGGCGGGGAUGCAGGCGUCGUCGGUGAAGGUCGCCGGGGAGCGCCGCCACGUGUGCGCGCCGCGGAUUUUGUUCUACUACUUCGACACCAGCGUGCGGACCGCGGCGGACGGCGCCGCGCCGAUGGCGCUCGCGCUGCAGAAGCGCGCGCUGCUCCCGAUCGCCAUCGUGCUCGCGCCCGCGCGCCGCGGGCAGGCGCGCCGGCGCGUGUUCACGCCGCUGGACCACCCGAGCGUGUGGCUGGCGGCGAAGACCGCGGCGGCGUCGGUCGACGCGCAGAUCCACCUCGGCGUGUCGUGGUACCUCAAGACCGUCGCGGUCAUGGAGCCCAUCGCGGUCUGCAUGCACCGCAACCUCGUCUCGGGCCACCCCAUCUUCCGCCUCCUGCACACCUUCCUGCGACACGCGAUAUCGACGGGCGUGGCCGCGCGGGAGUGGUUCCUGGGCGAGCACGGCUUCUGGGCGCAGACCGCCGCGAUGCCCGUGCCGAACCUGCUGCGGCUGCUGCGCGAGGAGUACAAGACGUGGUCGCUGGAGACCAGCACGAUGCCGGGGCACAUGGAGGCGAUGGGGGUGCUGGAGACGACGACGAUCCGGACGUACCCGUUCCGCGACGACGGCAUGAUCCUCUGGAAGGUCAUCGUGCAGUUCGUGGGGGAGUACGUGGCGCUCUUCUACCCGGACGACUUUGGCGUGCAGGACGACGCAGAACUGCAGGCGUUCUUCGAGGAGCUGAGCACCGUCGCGCUGCCGUACGACGAGGACGCGGUCGACCCCGACGCCGGCGCGACGUCCGCGCACUCCCGGCGCUCGCGCCGCGCCGCGUCUGCGCCGGGCCAGAGCCGGUCCGAGGGCAAAACGCCCCGCCUGCCGCAGCGGCCGGUCCUGACGCAGGUGCUGGACUCGCGGUCGGCGCUCGUGGGGCUCCUGGCGGCCGUGGUGUGGACCGCGUCGGUGCAGCACGCCGCGAUGACGUCAGGCAUGUAUGACGCUCUGGCGCACGUGGGGUGCCGGCCGCUGAAGCUGCUGAGGAAGCCGCCGGGGCAGACGACGGGGCAGGUGAACCGCGCGGCGUUCUCGCUGAUGCUUCCGGACCAGCGCUCGACGCUCCUGACGGUCGCGGUCUCCUUUCUCCUUACGCGGGGCACUGCCGCAGCGGGGGAGUCGCUCGGCGGCGGGCGGCUCCCGGCGCUGUACCUCGACGGGCACCCGGAGGUCGAGGAGAUCGUGCGGCGCUUCGAGCGGUCGCUGCAGGCCGUCGAGGAGGCCAUCAAGAUCCGCAACACGGGCCGCAAGCCCGCGUACGAGCGCAUGAUGCCGUCGCGCAUCAACCAGUGCGUCGGCACGUUCGUCAACGAGGGCGACCGGUAG